AUGACAGAGAAGGGCCAGAAAGGUGAAACUGGUCAUGGCAGCAACGGUGAGAACCAGACCGGUGGCCAGGGUGGCAGUGACCAAGACAACAGUGGGACUGGCAAUGUCCAUGGCAGCAGCACUGAUAGCCAAGGUGGCAGCAGCCCCAGUGCCCAGGGCGGCGGGAACACCGGUACCCAGGUCAGCGGAAAUCCCAGUACCCAGGUCAGCAACGGCCCCAGUAGCCAGAGCAGCGGGAGCUCAGGUAGCCAGGUCAGUGGGAAGCCUGGUAACCAGGGCAAUGGUGACCAGAGCCAGAGCAACAACCGGGAUAGCAGCAACAAGAACGGUGACAACCAGGACAGCAGCAACAGGGUCCAGGAUCAUAACAGAGACCAGGGCAACAACCAGGGCAACACCACCAACAACAAGGACCAGGAUACCAACCAGAACACCGAGAACAAUGACCAGGGCUCCGACCAGAACACCAGGAACAAUGACCAGGGCACCGACAAGAACAGGGGGAACAAUGACCAGAGCACCAACCAGAACACCAGGAACAAUGACCAGGGCACCAACCAGAACACUGGGAGCAAUGACCAGGGCACUGACAAGAACAGCGGGAACAGUGACCAGGGCACCAACCAGAACAGCGGGAACAGUGACCAGGGCACCAACCAGAACACCGGGAACAAUGACCAGGGCACCAACCAGAACACCGGGAACAAUGACCAGGGCACCAACCAGAACACCGGGAACAGUGACCAGAGCACCAACCAGAACACUGGGAGCAAUGACCAGGGCACCAACCAGAACACCGGGAACAAUGACCAGGACACCAACCAGAACACCGGGAACAAUGACCAGGGCACCAACCAGAACACCGGGAACAAUGACCAGGGCACCAACCAGAACACCGGGAACAGUGACCAGAGCACCAACCAGAACACUGGGAGCAAUGACCAGGGCAGCAGCAACGCAGGCCAGAAUGGCAAAGGCGAGAACCAGGCCAACAACCAGGGUAAUCAAAUGGACUCAUCAAGAGAUAAAAAUGCAUCACCACAAUCAGCUUCCUCUGCUGCUGAGGGCGACAGCUUUUUAGAAGACGAAGAAAGCCCUGUAGAGGAAGAGGAUGAGGUUAAAGAAGGCAGCGAUAUCUCUUCCUUUAAUAAUAUGAGAGAGAAGAGUGUUCCUUCUCUCCCCAGGGACCAGUCGGAGAGCAGCCACUUCUUUGCCUAUCUGGUCACCACGGCUAUUAUCGUUGCUGCCUUAUACGUUGCGUAUCACAACAAACGCAAGAUCAUUGCUUUUGCUCUGGAAGGAAAAAGAUCGAAAAGUGGUCGACGACCCAAAUCUGGCGAUUAUCAGAGACUGGAUCAAAAGGGAGGCUCUGAGGAGGACGCAGAUCCCAGCAGCUGA